ACGAAGUCCAGUCCUAAAUCGAAGUCUUCUUGUCAUGCCGAGCGACCUGAAAGGUCCUACGAAUUGGAGGCGGAAUAAUCAGUGAAAUGCUGUUGGUUACGCGAUAUAUUGACGUGGAGGAGGAAGAGGACGGGAGUCCAUGUGAGUAUGGCUAGACUGCUGAGACCUGUGAUCUCUACCGUCUACUGUAUGCCACAUGACCUCGAGAUAUGGAAGAGUAUCACCGUCGACCAUUCGACGGCACAGCUCAACCGCUUCUUGCUUAUCACCUUCGCGGAUCUCAAGAAAUAUAAGUACUACUACUGGUUCGCCUUCCCUGCUUUCGUGGCCAAGCCUGCAUGGGAGAUCCAGGGAGACUGGAGGGCCGCCUCAGACGAGUUCAACGAUUCCUUCCUCUCCGCAAUUGAGGCAACGCAACUAGCAUCUCCCCGCGCCUUCUUCCUCGUCCGACCAAAGACUGGCAGUGACGAGCCCGAGAUCGCACCCGUCGAAGAAUACACACAAUUCUUCGCCAACGUCGCUCCCGAGCAGCGCACCAUUGCCUUCCUCGACCCCUCCGCGACGCCUUCCAACCCCGGCUGGCCCCUCCGCAACCUCCUGACCUACCUCCAUACCUUGCACCCCGUGCCAUCGUACCGUAUUCUAUGCUGGCGCGACUCUGAGCGCCCGAAUGGCGCGCCGUUCAAGAGCCGCUUUGGCGUUGUGUCCCAGGGUGCGGGCGAAGUCGCGGUGCAGACGGAGAAGCCGACCGCGGUGGGCUGGGAGAAGAACGUGCAGGGCAAACUUGGUCCGCGUGUGGCGGACUUGGCGCCCAUGAUGGAUCCGACGAGGUUGGCGGACCAGGCUGUGGAUCUCAACCUGAAGCUGAUGCGAUGGCGCAUCCUGCCUGCGCUCGACCUUGAGAAGGUUGCGAACACGCGGUGUCUCCUCCUGGGAGCGGGCACGCUCGGGUGCUAUGUGGCGCGCACGCUGAUGGGAUGGGGCGUUCGCAAGAUCACCUUUGUUGACUCUGCCCGCGUGUCGUUCUCGAACCCUGUCCGCCAACCGCUGUUUGAGUUCGACGACUGCCUGAACGGCGGGAAGCCUAAGGCGGCAUGCGCUGCUGAGCGGCUGAAGAAGAUUUUCCCUGGCGUUAACUCUUCCGGUCAUAUCCUGAGCAUCCCCAUGCCGGGCCACCCCAUCCCGCCCGCGUCGGUUGAGCAGGCGAAGAAGGACGUGGCGACGCUCGAGAAGCUCAUGGACGAGCACGACGUUGUAUUCCUCCUUAUGGACUCGCGCGAGAGCCGGUGGCUCCCAACCGUGAUGGGCGCAGCCAAGGGCAAGGUCGUCAUGAACGCCGCGCUCGGGUUCGACACAUUCCUCGUCAUGCGCCACGGUGUGCGCGCGUCGCUCGCGAAGGGUGAUCGACUUGGCUGCUACUACUGCAACGACAUCGUUGCGCCUGCGGAUUCCUUGACGGAUCGGACCCUCGACCAGAUGUGCACCGUCACUCGACCGGGCCUCGCUUCGAUCGCCGCAUCCACCGCCGUCGAGCUGCUCGUCUCCCUCCUGCAGCACCCCGACGGCAUCAACGCGCCCGCCCCGCCGCCGCAGACUCAAGGGAGCGAGCCUCCGCAGGGCUCCGAAGGCGUGCUGGGCAUUGUCCCGCACCAGCUGCGCGGCUUCCUCGCGCAGUUCCGGAACAUGCCCAUCACUGGCGCUGCCUACGACAGGUGCACCGGGUGCAGCGAGACGGUCAUCAAGGCAUAUGAGACGCAGGGCUUCGAGAUGCUCCUCAAGGCAUUCAACGAGCAGAAAUUCCUCGAGGAGUUGACAGGGCUCGACAAGCUGUACGACGAAGGAGAGGCGGCGCUGGAGGCCGUCGGGUGGAACGAUGACGAGGGCGAAGACGACUUCUGACGGAUCCAAUGACGUGAUCAGAAGAGAUGAAUGAAGGAAUGUAUUGUUGUACUCAUACCCGUCGCAGUGUAACGUUGGCCUACAUGUAUGCUUGCUAUACCCUGUAUCGAUUGCUCAUACACGAGUGGUCGGUACGUCCCGGCUACUCUUCUCUAUUACCCGCCCGCUCACAUUCUACU